AUGACAGGAGGAACAUAUCAGAGAUGUCACUGCAGAAAGGAGAUAGAGGUGGGUGAAGGAGAUUUCUUGAAAUGGUAAUGAGAUGGUAAUGGGGAAACCUUGCGUGCAAGUAUGUCAAAUGUCAAAAGCAACUGGGGGAAAGUGGAUCUCUCACCCACAGUUCUCUGCACCACCAAGCUGCUACACUUCUGCGACUGCUUUGGGGGAAAGAGUGAAAGUUAAAUUCCUAGUUGAAUGUAAGGUAUUGGAUGCCGACUAAGCUGGUGGAGCAUAACUGCUGAGCUGUUUAAUGGGAAUUGUUGAAUUGAACAUUUUAAUCAUGGUGGUUUAUAUUUUAAAGUGUUUUUAUUGCAUAUUUUAACUAUGGUGUAUAUCUUAAUCAUUCUGGAUUUUAACAAAAAUGCAGAUUUGUUCAUUUGUUUUUAGUAAAUGAUGUAGAAUCAAUUUAGAGGUGAAUAAUUUAUUAAUUAAUAGUGGUAUAAUCUAGAUAGAUUUGCUAUACCCAAGUAUCCCAGAAACUGUAGCUUUCACUUAUUGGGCCUGAGUGUGAUUAAUCAGAUUCCUCCAUUGCGUGUCGAGACCCUGAGACCAUCCCCUUGUUGAUGAAUAAGACACAAGGACACAGAUAUUAGGUUAAUGUUAUUGGGCAAAUUUAGGCCACAACUUUAUUGGUUACAGAAUGUGAGCGGCAUUGGCUUAGGCAUUGGAAUUGACCCGACUAUAUCUGACUCCUGCCCAUCAUGCAGGGAGUCCAGUAAGGGUCAACCACCAGUAGGGGGAGCCCCGUCGAUGCAAACCAACUCAAGCUCCCCCUGGGUUCCCGACAGGGUUGUGUCAUGGCCCUAGCCCAACCCCGGACUUCGGGCAAGAUCCACACCAGAUUCCUUUAACGGAAUACCCUUAAGCUUGAAGGGGCAGGUGGUGGCCACACCUCCCCUCCCCCAUCAUAAGAUCAACCAAUGCCUAACCGCCAAACCUUACCAAAUUGUGACAAUUGCUACAAGGUAGGCGAAAACCAAAUGACAAAUGCCAAUUUGCUAAGUGGAAAAAUUCCUACCAGGCCCUUCAAUGGCGACCAACCGAGGUCCAUAGCAAGGCCAAGUAUCCCAGAAACUGUAGCUUUCACUUAUUGGGCCUGAGUGUGGUUAAUCAGAUUCCUCCAUUGCAUAAAUACAUGUUUGGAACAUAUACUUGGCUGUCGAGGCUUAAGUGCUUAAAUUCUUGAGUUGACUCUCCCCUACUUCUCCUUGGUAACCCAGCAAUAUUUGUUCUCUAUUAUGCUGAUCUCCUUUCCUCACUGUCCUUCCCUCCCAAGGAGCAAGUCUUUUCAGUGUCAUCUAAAGAUGAAAAGAUUCCCAUUCUACUGGUCCCUACUUACCUGAAGAAAGCAGGGCCAAGAGGAGGCAUGUGCUCAGAAGUGAUUUCAUCAUUUUCGAAAGAUGAGGCGAUUCGGAGCAGAGAUGGACCAGGAAAGAGAACUGAUGCAGGUGAAGUCUUACAACGAGAUAUUUAUAGACCAAGGAUUCAUGCUGUGGGCAACACUUAG